UGACCUUCUGAUGGAAGUCAGAAAAUUCUGUUAAUAGAACUGGGAUUAUAUCCUGUAGAGAUUAUCUCAUGGAUAGUUUAUGGUAAUUUGAUUAAUUCUUAUUUUUGUAAGUUUUACUUAAAAAAAAAAAACUGGUUACACUUGUUUUACAUGUGCAUUGGUAACUGAGCACUAGAAUACUUUGAAUGUCUAUUAUAGUCUUCCUAAGUCUAAUAUUUAAAAUCCUUGUUUCACUUUUAAUUGAAAGAAUGUGUUAUUGUCUACAACUUUGUCAUAGCAGUAUUGGGAAUUUGUUGGAUGUUUAGCAAUAAGAAAAUGGUAUUAGUGAUAUUGCAUUUCUCUGCCAUCAUAUUCCCUUUUUUGUUGCCAUUACCAAAAUAAGUAUAGAACUUUGCAAAUUGAGGAAAAUAGGGAUGGUCAACAUUUAUAAUAAUAUGAUCAUAUGGUAACUUUAAGUACAGUUUUCAACAAUAAUUAUAAAGAUAUACACUAUAGAGCAUUCAUUUUAAAGAUUUAUUUAUUCAUUUAUGCAUAGAACAACUGGGGUGUAGGCCAGAGGUGUGAGGGUGGGGGGAUGAGAGGAUUCACCAGAGACAGAGUAGGGAGCAGAAUAAGCAGAUCCACUGAAGUACACUGCUGAGGGUAGUGAGACAGAAGAGGGUGAGACAGAAGAGGUCUGCUGAGCCAUGGUUUUAGCUCCCUGGCCAGGGAUUGAACUCAUGCCACAGUGGCUGGCGAUAGCUUGAUAGCACUGAGACUUUAACCCCUGCAUUAAUUUUAAUAGAAAUGUCUAUGCUUGCUUAAUUCCAGGUAGCAAAUAGAACCCGUUAUUAAUUAUUACAGCUUCUACUUGCUGUGAUACUAACUUGCAUGUCAAUGAGCUGUCUCUAAAGUUUAUUAUGUAUUGCAUACUUUUAAAGAUUCUUCUUGGUAUUAUUGUCCUAUGAAAGCUCCAUUUGUAAACUAAGAGUUUAGUAUAUCAGGUGCCAGGAAAUUCUUGAGCAUUUAGGUCCAUUACUAGGGUUGUAUAUUAUUUGAGGGGGUCAUGGGUAAAGAUAAAUCAUAAGCGUCAUUACUAGAAGAAUUAUGAGUUGAUGAUAAAAAUGAAGAAAGUGAGAGGAAGAAACUAACUCAAAAAAGUGGUAUAUAAGAAGAGUGGUAGAAUAUCAUUUAGUGUCUCACAGACCUUUUGCUUCAUAACUUCUUCCUUCAUAACUAGUUUCACAAUGAACUGAAGAUGUAUUUUUAAAGAAUUUUUAAAAAUCAAAUUCAUGAUGAAUAACAAAUUGUGAAAAGUUCAGAUGUUUCUAAAUUACAAAUUUAAGUGUAUAUCAGAGCAUAUAGUAAUGAUGGCAAAAUAUAAAUUAAUAUUUAAUAUCAAUUUUUUUCCUAUAUAUCAUCUCCCUUUAUAUUCAGAGAUGACACCUCUGAGUUAGAAAAGACAACCUCUAACUUCUUUACUUUCUGCAUUCAACCAUUAUUGACAGAGUUCAUAAUCUUCAAAAAUUCUGCAGUUAAAUUUGAAAUUGGCUUGAAGCCUAUGUUUAUAAUGAAUCACCCCUAUUUUAUUCAGGCUUUUUACCUACUUUGUUCACAGGUACUCUAUGUAAUGUUAAGUAGUAUUUUCUUGUGUCCUUAACAUUUUACUUCCACCUCCCCUACUUGUUGUUUGUGUUCUCUGCAGUUUGAGGUUUCUUUGGAAUUCAUUCUCUGCAUUAUUCAUGUAUAGAUUUGAUUUGCUACACUGUAGAACCUCAUUGCCAGUGGUUCUGUUCCUCAGUUUGGUGAUUUAUAGAGGCAGGUAAGUGCAAUAGUUGGGGCGAGAUCUAAGCAGAAAGUUGGGUCUUGGAGUCAUAGGAACACGACCUUCACAACUUCUUAGAGGUUCUGGAGCAUGACAGCUUUAAGUGAAAAAGAGCUAGGAUUGUGGAAUUAAAUUCUCUAGAUCAGCAUCCAUUACAGUAGGGAAUGAAAAGAUGUUUGAAUGGAUUCUUUUCUGUUUUUUGUUCUAGUAGAUCAGAGGAACAGGGAACCCUGGAGUUCUGGAUGUCAAUACAGACCCAAAAUGAGUUCCCCUAAGCCCAAAGUCCUUUUAGCAUAACAAACACUGCUUAAACACAACAAUGACCAAUCUAAGCUUAAUCUUAGACAUUAAUAUUUGGUCUUCCUUUUUUUAAUAUUCCGGUAAUAUUUAAUUCAGAUAAACAGCUGGGGUGUCCCUGAUGAUACUUUUAAAGAGAAAUAGUUGGAGUGCCUCUUGACACUUGGAAAAUUCCUAACUCUCCUUUAUGUGAAAGUGAAUUUUACAGAUUAGUUCUGAUGUUUCAUCUACAAUUGAUUUCCUUUACUUGUGAGUGACCAUUUUUGUUGCCUUCCUUGCAUGCUUUAUUUGUAUUUAAGCCUAGAUUGGUCAUUAUUGAGUUGUGCUGAGCAGUGUUUGUUGUGCUAAAAUGAACUUUGGGUUUAGGGGAACUCAUUUUAGGUCUGUAUUGACAUCCAAAACGCCAAGUUUCCCUAUUCCUCUGAUCUACUACCUACCCUAACUUUUCCAACCACAUACUGGCUUCUGAACUAAUACUAAAGAUUUUUUUCUAAAUUUGUGGACAGAGGAGAAAUGCUACCUUAGUGAGAGAGAUCCAAGAAGCAGUAGGUUUCAUCUUUUCCUAUGCUGUUUGGCCAUUGAUGAGUUUGGGAGUGUUGACAGAGGUCUGAGCCUUCUUGGCAGAGAAGGAAGGUCAGAACAAGAAGUCCAUGGAUAAGGAGUCAGGUCCCUACUUGCUUUGCCAAGGAGAAUUCAGUGUUGCCUGUCUGGUUGGCAGAGUCCACGUAAUUACAAGUCACCCAUCAUUUCAGCAGUUUGCAAAGGAAAGUGAUAUGAAGGGACAGCUGCAAGUCAGCUACAGCCCAGAUCUGAGGAGAUCAAGCACUCACUUCACUUGGAAGAAAGAGAGAAGGAAGGAAAGCCGAGGGCUUAGCAGGGUAAGUUACUUUUCCAUCAACCCGUCUGCUUUCUUUAGUUUAUAGUUGAGUGAAGCACUUAUCACCCCAGGGAGUGUUAACCACUGAUGAAACAAGUUGAUGGUGUUUAUAUUAGCAAUAUUCUUAAUGUAUUUCUCCUUUUCCCCAUUCUCUUUCCCAACUCACUUUGAAGAUCCUCAGUGACUGGUAGCUUCAUUCUCCCUUCCCAGCUUCAUCAAAGAUGUUUUGUGUUUGCUGAUGAAUUAGAGAAAAUUAGAUGGGCCUUGCUGGUGUGGAGAUGCAUUAGUGGAAGGAAUAGAAGACAACUGGGAAGGAGAACGUCACAGAUUUUACCAGUUCCCAGGUAUCAGUGGACUGGCCAUGGCUCCAAGGUCCCGUCGACGAAGGCACAAGAAACCCCCAUCAUUGGGGGCUCCCAUAGUUGCGACCCUGUCCACAGUUGGGACCUUGCAAACAGCUGUGACCCAUGUGCCUCAGACCCUCUCAAAACCUGGCCCUAGCAUUGAUGCACUCGGCUUCCUUUCCUUGGAGAAUAGUGUUCCUGGCCUAUCCCAGUUGAUUCUGGAAAAGCUGAACAUGAAAAGCUAUGAAGAAUACAAGUUGGUGGUAGAUGGAGGUACUCCUGUAUCAGGUUUUGGAUUUCAGUGCCCUCAAGAAAUGUUCCAGAAGAUGGAGGACACAUUCCGAUUCUGUGCUCACUGUAGAGCACUCCCUAGUGGCCUUUCAGAUUCCAGGAUCCUACGGCAUUGCAAGAGGUGCAGAAAUGUCUAUUACUGUGGGCCAGAGUGCCAGAAGUCAGACUGGCCAGUACAUAGGAGGGUUUGUCAAGAGCUGAGUCUUGUAGCUGUGGACCGUCUCAUGGAAUGGCUUCUGGUCACAGGUGAUUUUGUCCUACCCUCAGGACCUUGGCCUUGUCUGGCUGAAGUUGUACAGGACUGGGACACCUGGUUUUCUAUGCGGAGUUUACAGUUAGAUACUACCCUGGAUUCUGUGCUCAGUAGCCAUGCCAUGACCAACCUGUGGGCCAGUGUAGGACGUCCAAGGCCAGACCCAGUUGUCCUCCAGGGCUCUUUGAAGCGGCUGCUGACAGAUACCCUGUCACGACCCUUGACACUGGGCUUAGGAAUUCGGGCCUUCAGGAUAGAUGUUGGCAAGAUUGGGGGAAGUGCAGUGCAUGUGGUUGGUGCUUCCCAUGUAGAGACAUUCCUCACUCGCCCUGGGGACUAUGAUGAAUUUGGCUACAUGUUUCCUGGACACCUUGGCUUCCGUGUGAUCAUGGUGGGUGUAGAUGUGGCUGCUGGCUUUUCACAGAGCACCUUCACUUCACCCCUGGAAUCUGGCACAGUUCAGCUUAUUGGCCAUAGAGGACUCUAUCAUGACUUCUGGGAGGAGCAGGUAGAGACUGGGCAGACCGCCCGUCCAGAUUUGGUGGUGGCAUUCCAUCCAGGUUUUCAUGCUUCCCUGGACUUAAUAGAGGCUUGGCUUCCCACGCUCCUGCUGCUUCGUGAUUAUGAGAUCCCUACAUUGAUUACUGUUUACAGUCAUCAGGAGUUGGAGGCCUCUAUGCAGAUUCUGGUGGACCUGGAUACACACAUCAUUGCCUAUGGAGCUAACCCUUUUGCAUCUCUCAAGCCUGAACAGGUCUAUUCCAACCCCAACAAGCAGCCAGUAUACAGCAGUGCCUACUAUAUCAUGUUUCGUGGAAGCUCCUGCCAGCUGGAUAAGAGGCAGUUGGAAGAGAAAGUAGAUGGUGGGGUUUAAAUAGCUAAGCCAGACCCUGACUAAUGUACAGAAAAUGGGGAAGUUGUGAUAAAAUUACCCUGCUUAUACCAGAUUGUUGCCAACUCUGAAACCUACUAUAUCCUAACCCAAUUGUCUAGGUGAAGAGUCUAAGCUGAAUAGGAGCACUUAUAUUUGUGACUCUUUUCUAAAAGGUUAGCCCUAAGUUCCUAGCAAUAGGAUUCUAGAUUCAGUGUGUGGCAAGAGGUCCUGCCUUUCCAGAGUCUUUGCAGAGGCUAGAGUUCCUAACCGUAUCCUUUGUGAGAAAAUUACACCUUUAGACUUGAACCAGAUGGCAUUGAGAAGAAUGACAUCUUAAUCUUCUGAAAAAGGUUUCCUUCUUAUCCAUCAAUUUGGGCUAAAAAAUAGAGAGGUCUUAAUUACUUAAAGUGGUACAAGAAUGGGCAAUUCAGAGAAGUGGUGGGAACUCGGGAGGUUGUGAGAAUUGGCAUACAGUUCUGUUUCCUGACUUUUUUGAGUUAAAUGUCUCAUUUUCCUAUUUUCUCUUGGGGAAUUUUGACUUCAGAAUAGCUUUUUUGCUCAGGUAUUGUAUUUUAGAUGUCCAGAGCAUAUCAGAAUUUACUUGAAUAUACUGGAGUUAUUUGCUAUCACCUGUUCUAAAUCACAGUAAACUCAGUUUAGGGCUUAUUAAGUCACUUGUUUUAACUUAUUUCCUAGUCACUGAGGAAUAUUUGUUUACAUACAAGGCCUUAAGAUUGGAGUUUCUCUUUUGCCAACAGAGUGAUUGUAUCUGCUCUAUUUGGAUCUGCCACUCUGCCACCCCCUAUCUCAUAUUAUCCUUGUCUUAUCACACUCUGAAGAUUUAGGUAUUCUGUCACUGAACUAUUUUAAAAGAUGAAAUUGCACUUUCUGUGAUAAUAUGAAUGGAAUUUGAGGUGAUUAUGCCAACUGACAUAAGCCAGAAAGUGAAAGACAAUUACUAAUGGUUUCACUUACUAGUGAAAUGAGUGAUAUAAAGAAAACAGAUUGUCAAAGCACAAUAAAAGUAACUGGAAAAUGGUGGUUAUUAGAGGUGGGGAGGGAGUAGAGAGCAGAAGAGGCUAAAUGUGAUAGUGUAAUGGCACUGGAGCUUGGGUGGUAAGUGAGUGACGCAUGUGAACAUAUCAAAGUGUAAAGCUAUACUUCUGAAAUUAUAUAGUUUUGUAAACAAAUGGUAAAUAAAAUUUGACUUAAAAAAAAAGACUAGGGGCCUCCCUGGUGGCGCAAGGGGUUAAACACCGCACUGUGAAGCAAUCCACAGCCUCUGCAGCAUGAGUUCGAUCCCUGGCCAGCAAGGGAGAAACCCACAUGGCGCAGCAGACCUUUCCUGUCUCACCCGCUACUCCCCUCAGCAAUGUAUUUCAGUCAGUCUGCCUAUUCUGUUCCCCACUCUGUCUCUGGUGGGUCCUCUCAUCCCCCACAUCUCUGGCCUGUACCCCAGCUCUUGUAUGCAUAAAUAAAUAAAUCUUUAAGGGCCUCUCUGGUGGCACACGCGGUUGAAUGCUGCACUGUGAGGCUGUCCUUAGCCUCUACAGCGUGGGUUCGAUCCCUGCCAGCUGGCAAGAAUCCCACAUGGCUCAGCAGACCUCUCCUGUCUUGCCCGCUGUUUCCCUCAGCAGUGUAUUUAGUCAGUCUGCCUGUUCUGUUCCCCACUCUGUCUCUGGUGAAUCCUCUCACCCUCACACACAUCUGGCCUGUACCCCAGUUCUUG